GGUCAAAGAGUAAAGCAGUUGAUGGGCUGGCGAGUUGUCUAAUAGAAAGCAACGGUUACCAAGUGAAAAACAGAAUAAUGGGAAUGCAUGAGACUGAUUUUUAUGAUCUGAGGUGGGGCUUUUUAGUGAAAACUUAUUCUACCCCGCUGCACAAAGACCAGUGUGCCGUCGCAGUCUCCUCCACGCUGUGAGUACGCAGCGCCUGCACAGACCGCUCCAGUUCGGGACUAAAGGCCACAUUGCAUGAACCUGCCUUCUUUUACUGCAGUUUCCUCGGCCGUGAAAGACCCUCGCUUUUCCGCUGUGGCUGUUUUCCAGCAGAUACUCCGAGCCCGAAAACCGUCGGGACCUGUGAAGAGAGAAGCUGCGGGAGUGGUCUGGAAACUUUUGCCAUCAUGAGCACGCGAUCGGUCAACCUUGAUACCUACAGCCUGUCGCUGCUCACGGCCAAAGAGGACAUCCUCAACCCCCGUUCCUCCACCAACUGGGCAUUAUUUGCGUAUGAUGGAGUGACCACCAAGCUCAAACUUGCCGACUCAGGAGCGGGUGGUGUGGCAGAGCUGGCAGGGAAGUUUCACAUAUCCAAGCCGCAAUAUGGAUUGUGCAAAGUGGGAAGUGGGGAGACAGGAGGCCUCCGGAUCGGCAUGAUCAGCUGGAUCGGCCAAAAUGUGGAUGACUACCGAAGGACAGAAUGUGCCGGCCACAUUCCGGCCAUCAAGAACUUCUUCAAGGAAGCACAUGUGUUCAUUAGUGCAGAGAAGGCUGAGGAUGUGACAGAGGAGAUGAUAAGAGCAGAGCUCAGCAAGGCCCAUGCUCAUGCUCCUACACAGUGGGUGAGGAGGGGCCCCAGGUCUGCUGACAAGGAGGAGAUAGUGGGUACAAACUACAGAAAAACUAAUGCUGCAAUGGAGAUGAGACUAAUAAACAGAGACUCCUUCUGGGCACGUGCAGAGCGUGAAGAGGAAGAGAGGAAAGAAGAGGAGAGGAGACGAGCAGUAGAGGAGAGGCGGCGCCUUGAAAGAGAAAGAAUUCUGAAGGAACGAAGGGACGCAGAAGAGAGAGACAGAAAGAUGAAUGAGAAACUACAGAUGAUUGAGGAGCAGAGAAGAAAACAGGCAGAGCAAGAAGAACAGCUCCGCAGAAAGGAAAAAUUAAAAUGGGAGCAGCAGCAGAGGGAGCAUGAGGAAGACAUGAGGGCUCGUCUUAGAAGGAGUGAGUCCAUAGAGAAAGCAGCAGAGGCAGCAGCAUUAGUGUCCCAACGAUCAAUGAACCCUAGGGAGUUCUUCAGGCAGCUGUCAUCAUCAUCAUCACAAAGUCCCACCAGCCCUGGAUCCUCCCACACUGGCAAACCAUUCAGACGAUAUCAGCGCAGCCUGACAGACACAGCUUUUAUCUUUUCUAAGGCAGAAGAGAGCUCGACAUCCUCCCCUCGCAGUUCCCCACUGGUCUCCCCCUUCUCCCGGGUUCCUCCCUCAACCGUCUUCCGUGCCACGUCCCCCCCCACAAGCCCUGAUUUCCGCUCUGUCACCUCUCCACAAAGACCCAGAGCCCCCAUGUCACCGCCCACAUCACCUUUUUGCCCUUCCCUUCCACUUUCAGCCCUGCCCAGUGUUCCACACACUAGCAACCAAGUUCAGGCUGUUGUUGAGCCCAAAUCGCCAUCACCUACAGAACCUUCUGCCCCUCCGGCCUCCCCUAGCUUCUUGGCUUCCCUGUCCCCAAGCUUAGUAAAAACCAACCCCACUCAUCCACAUACAGAGGCCCUGCCUGCCUCACCCCCAAAUACACCAACACAGCCAGAGCACUCAACUUUCUGCUUUGAGCCUGGCCUACCUACACAGGCUCCAACUGCACCUCUUCCUGAGAGACCACAGCCAAACACAGACCUCAACACAGCCACUCAUGUGCGCACUGAGCUGGUCUCAGACACUGGCUACAAAGUACAGGCUGUACUGGUGGAGGAGGAUGAGGAAGAGGAUGUGGGAGAGGAUGAGGAAGAAACACAACCCCAGCCUUGUACUGCUACCACAGAACCAGUCCAGACAGAGGCAGAAGAACAGGAACAGGAGGAGAAAGAGGGAAAGGAAAAGAACGAGGAGGAGGAGGAAGUGGAGGAGGAGGUGGAGGAGGAGGAGGAGGACCAGGAGGAAGAGGAGGAGGGUUUAAAACAGGAAGCUGAACCUGCAUCACAGGUGGAGCCAGUGGUGGCGGUGCAGGAGGAAGACGAGGCAAAGACAGAUGGCGAGGAGAAUGACCAGUCAGAAGACAUUCAGGCCCCGGCUGAGUCCUCUGAGCUUUCAGAGAAAGAGGAAGAGUCUGCAGUCACAGACGCCGAGCCAGUUUACCAAGAGACCGUUGUCCUGUCAACCAAUGGGAUUACAAAUGAAGAGGACACACAGGAACAGAAUGGCAUAGAGCGAUCUUUGAGUCCAUCAGACACAGAACUCAGCUCACCGGAGCUGGCUGUGUGCUACGACCUUCAUGGCGCAGCAGAGGAGGAUGAUGUCACCGAGGAUAAGGAACAGGAGAUCGCAGAAAAUGGACAAGAGAUUUUAGCCGAGCGACAAAUGUGUGUCCGAGCUCUGUAUGACUACCAAGCAGAGGACGAAUCUGAGAUCUCCUUUGAACCUGGUGACAUCAUCAGGGACGUGGAAACCGUGGACAAAGCCUGGUGGAGGGGGUGGAGCAAAGAUGGUCGUCAAGGCUUGUUCCCUGCCAAUUAUGUGGAGACCAUAUAGACAGACAGAGACACACUAACACACACACACACACACACACACAGACACACACGUACACACACACACUCAGGGACACCAUCUCCCCUUACGUUGAUGUACGUUUUUACCUUAAUCCUCCCACUGAAACUUUGUACUCUCUAUUUUGUAGAAAGGAUAAAGAAAAAUGUGACUCUUUGUUUUGAUGUUGUUGAGAAAAAAAAAAAAAAAAUUCU